AGGAAGUCGACUUCAUAGUAAUGAGACCAAUUCAAAAUAUCGAAUAGAAUUAUUUAAACUCCCGAUAUAAGCGUUCACCCAGGCAAGGUAUAGAUUCGCAUUAAGACUGCCUUUGUAACGGUUUAAUUGUAAACAAUAAAUGUAAGAAUAUAAAUAAACACUUCUUUUGAUUUCCAUUUGUGCGCUCAUACAUAAUUAUUCCUCAUCGAUCGAAUUAUCGAAUAAUCGAUAACAAAUAUUUAUUCGAAAGAAAUAUACAAAUGUUAGUGAGUUAACGCACCGCAAAACAAAGGUAACGUAAUGGAAGAGAUGCAUCCACAGCACUGGUCCUAUGAUUUACUCAUAACGAUUGCAACAAGUGAUCCGCUAACUCCAGAUUUCAUCACCGAACUAAAAUCUAUGUUCGUAAAUGACAUAGGUUCACCACGUCGCUAUGAAUGUAUACGCACUAUAGGCGAUUUAAUAGACUGUCUUGAACGCCGCGACGUCAUUUCGGAGGCAAACGUUGAGCCUCUGCGCCUUUUAGGCAAUAAGCAACUCGACGAGGCGAUAGAAGCGUAUAUACCUCCACGUAAUGCCUCUGCGGAAGGUAUUAAUCACUAUCAUGACAUACAUAUCGCAAAUGAAAUGUCGCACAAACUUUCUAUGAACGGUCACGUCGCACCGACGAAGAACGCCAAUAUUUACUGUGAUAAUACUCGUCGAUCGGCUUCUGUUGAAACAGCAGGCUCCACAAAUUCUACCGUCAGCAGUUCAAGUAGCAAUCAUUCAAACAAUUAUCCAUUUGCUUUAUCGGAGCAAAAGCGCGCCGCUAUUUAUAGGAUGCUUUCACAACAUUUAGGCACCCAUUGGCGGACAUUCGGACGAGAAUUGGGAAUACGUGAAGGCAAAAUGGACGAAAUCGAAUUGCAAUCCCCGCGUGAACUUAGUGCACGAGUUUAUAAAGUGUUGCAAAUACUCGAAGAGGAUGAUUGCCAUGAUCCUAAAAUGCAUUUACGUAUUAUAAAAGAGGCGUUGGAACGUGCACGUCGCAAGGAUCUUCGACGCAAGGUUGAUGAUAUUAUGUCGCAUUGAGACGAGUGAUAUUUAUAGUGCCAAUUAUAAGUUGUUGACGACAUUGAUAACAAACCAAAAAUUUGCUGUGGUGGAAGUUUAUUCAUUAAAAAGAAUAAGUUUUAAGAAUUUCGUUUGAAUGUACUAAAUGGCGUUAUAAUAGUCAGAGACGACGACAACAAUGUAAAUAUAAACUAUUGCGCUCUGAAAUGAG